CAGGAUCCACUGGGGAACGAUUCGUAACAAAGACGCUUGGCCUGCCCGCCGAAGCAUCACUGCUCUACGCCGUCAUUCUUUUGGUCCUUCGCUACCAACUAAUUACAGUCCUUCACUUACCUUUCCAACGGGUACCACACUCUUUAAUCCCGUUCAUUCGCUAAACGUCCGCUCAUUCGUACCAUCCACGUGACGCCUUUGCUCUGCUACUUGAAAGUCAACCACUGCACUCUUACCGACACAAACCGGUACUGCGACCAUUUACCAUCAUGGCUGUCAACAUGAACAUGAACAUCAACUUCAACCUCCAGGCUCAGCAACCUCCUCACCCAUUUCCAGCAUACGGAUACUGCGAAUCUUACUUUGUAGAAAGCCACGACGACGACGACGGCACCUACGCCAGAGCAGCUGCUGAGCGCGAGCGGGCUCGGGGCGUUGCUAAGCUCCGGCAGAAAGCUAUCGCUGAGGAGCUAUCUCGCGCUACAGCUGAGGAGUAUCAAGAAGACAUCCUAGACCACAUGGAACGCAUGGAGGCGGAAACGAUGCCCGAUAUUCAAUCCAUCGAAAUCCAGACCGAGAUUCAGUGGUUUAUGAGACCAUAUCUUCUGGACUUUCUGCUUGAGGCUCAUCACGCAUUCCAGCUCCUCCCGGAGACGCUGCACCUUGCUGCUAACCUCCUCGACCGAUACUGCUCUCGAAGGGUCGUCUACAAACGCCACUAUCAGCUCGUUGGCUGUGCAUCAUUGUUGAUCGCUGCCAAGUACGGCGAUCGCAAAGAGCGCGUACCAACCAUCCGAGAGCUCAAGUCAAUGUGCUGCUCUCUCUACGAUGAUGAUAUGUUCACGCAAAUGGAAUGGCACGUCCUCCAAACGCUCGGAUGGAUCGUCGGUCAUCCCACCGUCACCAGCUUCCUGCAACUUGCCCUAAACGAGAUCACUCCUGACCUGGAGCUUGAACAUAUGUCAUGGUAUCUCACCGAGCUCGCUCUAUACCACAAGGACUUCAUUCCUGUUCGGCCUUCGGUGAUGGCGCGGUCUGCUCUGGCAUUGGCACGUUGCAUUCUAGCUCGGUCUCAGCCACGUUACUGUGACUGGUCGGCACACUAUGACCCCCAAGUGGUACUCAAUCUGUCGAAUUACCUCAAUCAGCCUUCACAAGCCUUGCUGAGGAAGUACUCGUCGCCACAUUUGUCGAGUGUAUCGACUGUGAUUGAGCGGUUCCUGCAACAACAAGCUAUAAUUGCCCAGCGUGUCGUCCACGCCGCACAAGAACCGACAAGCAUGGAAAUCGAGUCGUCGGCGCCGACUUACCUCACACCACAAACGCCACAGAAGGGCGUGUAUCCAAGCGUGCCAACUGGCGUACUGACGCCGCCUAUCACCCCGGAUAAGGAUCUACGCAGUGUAACUGCGUAUGGUGUCGGCCAGCAUAUGCCGUCGCGAAUGAUGGCUUGCACGCCGACACCCCCUCCAAGCGAAGAGCACCCACGCUACGUGGGCUUCAUGAUGCCACAAUAUAUCCCGCAACCACAAUUUGUCCAAUAGCGAUAGAUCUGAAUGAUCUAACGUCUGCACCAUCCAGGCCGACUGGACUCAUGGGCACCAGCUACUGUUUGUAUAACCGUGUAUGAGCGUCACUAGCAUUGCAAGCGUUGCUUUGAGGGGGCUAACAUCUCAUCUGUAUUAUCCGACUACACCGGCCGAGCCUGCCUCAACGAGGACUGGGUCGGUCUACGGCGUAUCGUGAGGCUUAAAAUAUUUUUAGCGAAGGUGGAGCGGCUCAAAAGCAACAAGCAUCACUACAGUGCAUCGGCCAAGUUUGCACAAUAUUAAAGAAGGUCAUUGCUGCUGCGCUACAAUAGCGAGGCGAACGAUCUUCAGUCGGUGGAUAAGAUGGGUGUGGUCUUGCUUAUGUUGUUAGCACCAGAUACCCAUGUUCGUAUACCAUAGCUUUUUGCGGCAUCUAACAAGCCUGCGUUCAUGUUCUCGUC